AUGACCUGGUUGAAGGUUGUGGUGGGGGUGGUGGCCCGGGCGGCGACGUAUGUUGAGAUGGUACUAGAGAGGAGGAUGCCAGAGUCUGCGAGGUCGCGGCGGGUGGGCUCGAGUUCGGGCAUGUUUGUUGGAAAGACGGGGAGGGGCCCGAAGAAGCCCAGAGGUGAGACGAGUGAAGGUAGAGGGGUAGAUGAGGGAGCUGAUGAAUGGUCUGACGAAGGAGUGGCUGAGCGCACUGAAGGAAUGAUCUGGAAUAUGGAGGAACUUGCUGAUGGCUUCGAAGGAGUGACUAAGGCCGUGGAGGAUGUGUUCAGGGGGGAUGAGGGGGUAGCUGGAACUACUGGAGAUGCUGCGGAAGAGAUAGCUGGGGCAGCCGUAGGAGUGCUCAAAGCACUGGCGGGAGUAGCUGGGAGCACUGAGGCAGUACCUGGGGUCACUGAAGGACUGGCUGGAAGCUGGGAAGAAGUGAUCAAGGCUGUGGACGAGGGUUCUGGGACUAUUGGAGAACUUGGGGCCACUGAAGGAGCAGCUGAAAGAACCGAGGGGGUUGCUGACAGAAUUGAAGAGGUAACCGGUACCACUGAAGGAGCACUUGAGACCACCGAUGUGGUGGCUGGGCCUAUUGAGGCAGUACUUGGGACUACUGGAGAAGUAGCUGGGAGUAUGGAAGAAGUAUCCAAGGCUGUAGAGGAAUUAUUUGAGACCUUAGAAAGGAUCUCUGGGGUUCGUGAAGAGGCGACCUGA